AUGGGCUUUAUACGGCCACCGGUGGUGAGAAGCGGCGGAGAUUAUAUAGAGAGCAUUUUCGGAGAAUACUCCGCCGGAAAAUCAAAACCAAGCCGGAAACUCAACUCCGCCAAGUUCGUGACGGCGCUGACGUUUCUUCAGUUUGCAUUUGCCGUCUACGCCACCGGACUUCUCUACUACAUGAGUCCUUCCAUAGACUUGCGGGCCAAGCCAGACUUCACUUGGGCCACCAAAUGGGCCCAUAACAUGCGUAAUUACAUUGUUACCCCUCACGUCGUCAACCAUUUCCAAGACUCUGCUUCCUUCCUGAAAUCGUCGGAGGAAAACUUCCCGGCGGUGGUUUCUCCGACGGAGGUCUGCGAGUACGAAAAAAUCGAUUUCUCGCAGAAGAAAUCCAACGACCAGCAAAUGAUCAAGAUGAAGAGAGAGCUAUACGACGACGUUGUGGGUUUCCAGAGGAAGAAUCUCGGGUCAGAGAGUUUAGAGGAGUUGAUGAAGAUGAAGUCUAAAUGGGCCUUAAACGGGCCGACAAAACCCAAAGUGACAGUGAUACUAAACCAUUUCAAGAGGAAAACGCUUUGCGCGCAGCUCGAUUCCCUCCUCCACCAAACGCUGCCGUUUCACCAUGUCUGGGUUUUGGCCUUCGGGAGCCCAAAUGAAGCUUCUCUCCGGCGAAUCGCCGGAAGCUACAACGAUUCUCGGAUCAGCUUCAUCAGCUCGAACUACGACUUCAAGUACUAUGGAAGAUUCCAGAUCGCGCUUCAGACGGAAGCGGAUCUGGUUUACGUUAUCGACGACGAUAUGAUCCCUGGGAAGAAGAUGCUUCAAAUGCUCUCACACGUCGCCGGAACGGGAAAGUACGAGAACUCCGUUUUGGGAAGCAUCGGACGGAUUCUACCUUUCCGGCAGAAGGAUUUCACGUUUCCGAGCUAUAGGAAGUUUCGAUCGAAAGAAGCGGGGCUUUACUUGCCUGAUCCAGCUUAUGACAUCACUUUGGAUCGAAUCCUCCAGGUUGAUUUCUUAUCCAGCUCGUGGUUCUUAUCGGCGGAGCUCGUGAAAGCGUUGUUCAUCGAGAAACCAUUCACAUUUGCCACCGGCGAAGAUCUUCACCUGAGCUAUCAGCUUCAGAAGUACAGAAACGCAGGUUCGUUUGUUCUUCCUGUGGAUCCAAAUGACAAGGAGACAUGGGGAGAUAGUGAACACAGGCUCGCUUACGUCUCCGAAACCACAGUGAUCUUCAAAAACAUUGUGGAAGUGAGAGACAAUCAAUGGUGGAAAGCUCUGUCUACAGGUUACAUAACUCAAUGGGCUGCGAUGUAUCCUCAGAAGAUCGACGCUCUGUUCUACGCGCAUUCGAUCGAUGAAGUGAAAGCGUUAGGUCCUUUGCUUGAAAAAUUCAGAACCACUGCCGGUAAAAAGGCUUACAUCGCUGUCUCGGGAGGGAAAUUCUGUCCCUGCGAGGAUGCUGCUUCGGCUAUGAAUUGGCCUAAGGUUGUUUGUAAAGAGAGGAGGUUCAAGAUCUUUGAUUUGGAAGUUGGAGCUAUCUUGGGGGUCUCGAACUCAGAGGUGCCUGUGUUCCAAGCUGUGUAUUCGAGCAUGAAAGGGCUUAUCAAGAUCCAUAACCCUAGCGUGGUGAUUACGGUAGCUGAUGCUGAUCCUAAUGUCAAGAAAGCUUUGAAAAUGGCUACUGAGACAAACCCUAAUGGCACACUUGUUCUUCUUCCGAGAGCUUCUAUCUCCAAGGUUCUAUGGAUGGCUGAUCUAAGAUCAACAGCAUUGCCAAAUUGGAACAAGAUGAGAGUCUCAGUGAACAUCAUCACGCAAAACAGAGCUCAAUCUUUACUAAGACUGCUCAAGUCUUUGAGCAAUGCGUACUACCUCGGCGACGAGAUACCUAUCAGCUUCAACAUGGAUAGCAAAGUGGAUGAAGAGACGAUAAGAGUUGUUACCACAUUCGAUUGGCCUCACGGACCAAAGACCUUGAGAAGAAGAAUCAUCCAAGGAGGACUAAUCCGAGCUGUGAGUGAGAGUUGGUAUCCAGCUUCUGAUGAUGACUUCGGUCUCCUGCUUGAAGACGACAUUGAAGUCUCUCCUUACUACUACCUCUGGAUCAAAUACGCUCUACUCGCUUACCACUACGACCCUCAAAUCUCUUUCCCUGAGCUCUCCUCCAUCUCUCUCUACACUCCCAAAAUCGUCGAAGUCGUUAAAGAGAGACCUAAAUGGAAUCCAACAGUGUUCUUCAAACAAAUCCAUCCACACACACCUUACCUUCACCAGUUACCUUGUAGCUGGGGAGCUGUUUUCUUCCCAAAGCAAUGGAGAGAGUUCUAUGUCUACAUGAACAUGAGAUUCACGGAGAACGCGAAAGCUAACCCGGUUCAGAUUCCGAAAUCAAGAACCAACGGUUGGCAAGCUUCUUGGAAGAAGUUCUUGAUUGAUAUGAUGUACCUUAGAGGAUACGUUACUCUCUACCCUAACUUCCCUAACCAGCAAAGCUUCUCAACCAACCACAUGGAGCCAGGAGCUCACAUUGCAGCCAAAGACAAUGUGGUGAAACACGAUAAAACUGAUUUCGAAGUUCCUUUGCUGAAGGAUGAUUUCAGAAACUUCUUGCCGAGUCAGAAACUCCCUCCGGCUUCAAAGCUUCCGUCGCUUAACCUCUUUAACAUUCCGGUUUCUCUGAAAGGUCUUAAAGCUGCAGGAGCUAAGCUUGGUCAAGAUGUUCUUCGUUGCAACAAUGUCUCUGAGAUUGUCGCCGUCGAUCACCAGACCGGUUUACCUGCUAGAUGCAUGAGAUUCUGA